UUUAUUAACCUUAAAAAAUGCUAAACAAUAUAAACCAAGAACUUCAUAUCUGGGCCUUUUAAAAGAUGUCAACAAAAUAUAACUAUACUCAAAAUAGCAACAACAAAACAGGAUGUGAACUUAAACACUUAAAAACUUACAUAACUCAUAGAGCUGCAAAGAUUUUGUUCUCUUUUACGUCGGUCCUUAUUUAUUCUUCCUGUACUUUCUUCCCUUUUCUUUAGAUAAUUUCUGCCAUCAUCCACCUAUUAAUCCACAGUGAGAGUAGUCUGUAGUUGUAUUCCUGGCUUGUUUCCAUGGUGAUCAGAUGUUAACCUUCUCCACCGUCUACGAGCACUUCAACAAGAACUUGGGUCACGCUGCUGCUCGCCAGUCGGACCGGGACGGCAUCACCGCGGUCGCCUGGCAACGAUGACAAAGCAUCACAGACCAACAAGACAGUGUCCAUAGUCACCUCGUCUCCAAGCUUCAGGAACUUCAGAUCCAUUUCUCUGGACCUUUUUCUGGGUUGACCAGGACUUUAAAAACACAGAAAACUUACAAGGUGCUCCAUCCUCAACUCCUGGGAAGACGUUACCAUGGCAACAAACAACUCUUCCAAAUAUGACAAAAUCCCCCGCAAAGUUCUUACCCCAGGAUCUCCCACUAUCUACCAGCUGAUACCAAGGAAAGAUAACAUUGGAACUCUGACAAGAAUGACUCUUGGUGAAAAAGAUCCAAACAAGAUAAACAAAACCAUCUUACUUGUUGGUGAAACAGGAACAGGAAAAUCUACUCUGGUCAACGCUCUGGUCAACUACGCCAUGGGAGUGGAGUGGGAGGAUGAUGUCUGGUUUCAGAUCGUAGAAGACGAGAAGAGAAGUCAAUCAGAAAGUCAGACAUCAGAUGUGAUCGUGUACCAGAUCUUUGGGUUUGAAGAUAAAACUCUGCCCUACUCUCUGACCAUCAUCGAUACUCCUGGAUACGGAGACACCAGAGGGAUCGAACAAGAUGACAUCAUCAGUCAGAGAUUAUUAGACUUGUUCCAGUCAAAGGAUGGAGUUCAUGAGAUUAAUGCAGUGGGUCUGGUACUGAAAGCGACUGAGAAUCGACUGAGUGACCGACUGAGGUACAUCUUUGAUUCAGUAAUCUCUCUUUUUGGAAAAGACAUGGAGAAGAACAUCAUCGCUCUGAUCACACACUCAAAUGGUCUGACACCUGAAAAUGUUCUGGAAGCUCUUGAGGCUGCAAACAUUAAAUGUGCCAAAGAUGAAGAUGGUGAUCCUGUUCAUUUUAUGUUCAACAACUGCCAGAAAACACAGAAAACAAAGAAAAAUAAUGUUGCUCUAAAAGGUGCAUGGGAAAUGACAAUGAACCAUAUGGGUACAUUUGCUGAUUUCCUGACCGAAAACCCCCCUCAGAACCUGAUGACAACUGUUGAAGUGCUACAUUCACAAAUCAGACUAACAGCGUGCAUCAACAACCUGCAAGAGAGAAUCAAAUUGAUUGAGCUAAAACAGACAGAAAUCCAACAGACUCAGGAUGGUCUGAAAAACAAUGAGAAGUUCACUGUAGAAGUUGAUGAACCCUACAGAGUUAAACAAAAAGUCGACAGAGAGUGGAGGUGGUGGGCACUUGGGUUAAACUAUGGAGGAGCUGUCUGCUGUACUGUCUGUAAGGAGAACUGUCACUACCCAUGUACUCUGGCCUGGUAUCCAGAACACUGUGUGAUCAUGAACGAUGGCCGCUGCACUGUCUGUACCGGGAAGUGUCCUGCAUCAGAUCAUGUGAAGGAAGAACAAUGCAUUGAAUGUGAGGGUAUAUGUUCAGAUGAAUCAAGUCAUGUCAAACACCCCUGGAUCUAUGUGACCAAGACAAAGAAAGUUCAGAAGACCACGCAAGAUGUGAAGGAAAAAGCAGGAAGUACUUUGAAAACUCUUAAAAAAAUCAUGGAAGAACUUCAGCAAGACAAAGAUCAGUGGUUGGAAGAGUCCUUUCAGCAUGUUGUCACACUGGAGGAGAUGGCCCUGAAUGUAAAUUCAGUGUCCAUUCAUGACCACUUGGCUUUCCUGAUUGAGAAGAUGAAGGAGAAAGGAGACACAGGGAAGGUACAGAGACUGAAAGAGAUAUUAAGUAAAAUAGCUAAAAGUAAAGGAUUCAAAGCACUGGUGCGAUACGGGUUUAAUAAACUGCAGCAGCAGUUAAAACUGUGAUGAACUAGAUGAUCACUGAGAUCAGACAGCUGUGCAGAAAACGAGGUGUACACUGAUUGUCAAAUGUGUUUCAUUAAGGUUUCAUUAAUGUGUUAUUAAUGAAAACAGUGUCCUCUGUAAUGACUUUGAGUUAUUGUUAAUGUGCUGUUCAGUCAAUGCAAGGCUGUGAUAUCUUCUGAUGUUAGUGUGAUGUUGACAGAAUAACUGGUGUAGGGACUGUAACUCGUCAUUGACAUAUAAUGUAUAAAUAUCCAUAUAAAGCAGUUAAACAUGAUGUUUCCUUCUCUUGUUAAUUAGUUUGUAUUUGAUGCAUAUUCAUUAAUAUAUGUGAUUAUAUAUUAUAUACCCUGGUGUUUUUAUGUGUAUUCAUGCCUAAUGACUAGUUAUAAUAUUUCAGAAGACAAAAACAUGUUAAUCCAUUUAUGUUGUACUUUGUUUUAUUUCGAGUGAUUAAAUAUCUUCACAGUAAAUAUAUAUUGUCUGAGUGGUGACUGGUAGCUGGAGAGGUACCAGUCAUCCUCCUGGAAACUACCUAACUGCUCGCUGUGCUGUGCAUGUUAAUCCAUAUUAAUGCAUGUCUAUAUCUUCCUGUGUGUAAGUGAAGCAACACAAAAUGUUUAAAAUAAGAUAUUUUUUAAGAAGACCAAUAACGUCUUUAUUAUAUUCUGUUGUUGCUCCUGGAAUAAUAUCCUGAUUGAU